AUGGAUGCAACGCUCUACAAAGACGCGAAAGUCUCGCGUGGGUACAGUUACCAUUACUUCUACUCUCCCGCGACGUCGGGAUACCCCACCCUGCUCCUCGUACAUGGCUUUCCCUCAAGCUCCUUCGAUUGGCACAGACAGGUCGAGUACUUCCGGCCCAAGGGUUACGGCCUCCUCGUUCCGGACCUCAUCGGGGCUGGCGGAACAUCCAAGCCAGAAGAUCCGGACGCCUUUCGCCUCGCUCUGAUCGCGCGGGACAUUGUCGACCUCCUCGACGCCGAGGGCCUCGACAAAGUCGUCGGGAUCGCACACGAUUGGGGUUCGACAGUACUGUCCCGUCUCGCGAACCUGUACGACGAGCGGUUCUACGCGUACGCGUGGAACGCCGUUGGGUACCAGCCGCCGCGGCCGCAUCCGUUCGACAUCGACACAGUUAUAGAGCACCUGCGCACGCAUAGUGGGAACCCACACUUCGGAUACUGGAAGUUCUUCAACUUGGGCGAUGCACACGUGGUGUGCGAGCGUAACAUCGACUCGUUCUUGCAGCUCGUGUAUCCGACGCACCCCGAGGUCUGGCUCGAGUGGCUCACGCCGGUUGGUAAACUCCAGCAAUGGGUUGAGGAGAACCGUACCCCCGGAAUCCCCAAAUGGCUCACGCAACAGGAAUAUGAUGUGCUACGGAAGACCCUGGCCGACGGCGGGCUUCAAUCGCUGAUGAACUUCUACAAAGCGGCCGUCAACAACUUGAACCUUCCGGAUGACAAGAGUGCGUUUCAACAGGUCCCUGAGGAAGCCUAUACUAUCCGCAAGCCCGCGCUGUGGGUCGCGGCUUUGCGCGACGCAGCCGGCUCGGCCGCAUCGAACAGGCCGAACGUCGAGAAGUACGUCCCGGGCGCGAAGAUCGUAGAACUGGACGUGGGCCACUGGGUACAGUUUGAGGCGACCGAGCGAUUGAACGCUGAAUGGGAGGCAUGGAUC